AUGGACGUCGAAGAUCUGCGACGCGUCGGCUUGUUAGAGCAUUGGGAGGCACUGGACCGUAUUGCCUCAGCACCGCUGCCGGCAGAGGAUGUGGAGGAAGUGCUGGAAGCGACCGAUGAUGUCACGCGCUCGCGCUGGAGCCCCGAAGGGCUGGCGGAGCAGCUCCGCCUCCUGCCUGUGGCGGGCCUCUUUCCAGAUCUCUGUGCAGAGGUGGUGGAGAUUUUGGGGCGUUGGUACAAGCGCUUUAACCUGAAAACCUGGAGCCGCAUCGUCAAGGUCUGCAAGGGUUCCGCCCAUCAGGUGCCAUGUGUGCUCAAAGAGCUGAACGAAAGCGCUCCUGUCAUUGAGAAAGUGCGGAGAUGGGUCGAUUCCCUGCCAGCCACGGCCCCGAAGGCCUGUAUCGUUGACUUGGGUGCAGGCUUCGGAUUCCUGUCGAUGCUCUUGGCCGAGCUGCUGCCUCCGGAGCGCGUGGCGAAGUUCUUCCUCCUUGACAUGACAUACCCCAACUUGGGAGUGGGAAACUCCAGCGGCUCCACCUCCAUCGAGCACCUUAAGGGGGGCUGGAAGAUACCCAUGUACACUCUGAAGGUGGACCUCAAAAAGAAGACGACCCUCAACCAGCUUGCUGCGCGCGUCUUUCGAGCACCCGUCUCGGAGGCGGAUCCUCGAUGGGCGCCAGUGUAUGCAUGCGGCAUCCACCUGUGCAAUACACUGGGGAUUCGUGCUGCGCAGCUCUUUAACGAGAACGUCGAUGUCCGUGGUUUUGCUUUCGUACCGUGCUGCUUUCCGACGUCGCGGCACCUCACGCAGGACGUCAUUUACCAGCUGGGCGAACAUCAGUUUGCAGCGAGAGACUUCCUGGAUGCAAAAACGAUGCCCUCGAACAACGACCGCUUUUCUCGUUGGGCAGAGCACAUCCUGGAGGGCAUCGAUCCCGGACCCAGUGGUUUCAAAGGCCUAGAGCGGCACCGGCUUGUCCGGCCACGUCGGGGCAUGUUCGCACAGGACAUUUACAUCUUCGCAGAGCGGCCGCUCGAGGCCUGCCUCGGGUCCCCUGCGGGGCCCUUACCCUUGCCCCGCGCGCUGCCUGGGCCUGGGAUGGCCGACGAGAGCAGGGAGCAGCGGGGCAAGGCUGUGGUGAUUUGGGCCAAGUACGGACACGGCAAAGGAUACGGCAAAGCCCGAAAGCGCGAAGCCUGCGAAGCCGAAAAGGUGCAGCGUCAUCUUUGUCGGUUUGAGGCUUGUGCUCCAGGGCUGGAUGAUCUCCACUAUUAG